AUGUUCAAACCAGAAUCACUGCCUUCCCUCUCAGGGAAGGUUUUCCUCGUCACAGGAGGGAAUACUGGAAUUGGGUACAGCACAGUUUUAUGUCUCGCCUCGAAGGGUGCAAGAGUCUAUCUCGGAGCCCGUUACUCAACCAAAGCACAAGCUGCGAUCACCCAAAUUAAGGAAUCAUACCCCGAUGCCGAUGUUCGACCUCUUAUAAUGGACCACAAAUCCCUCUCCACGGUGGUCGAAGCAGCAAAGACUUUCCUCGCCAUAGAAAAGUCACUCAACGGUCUCAUACUCAACGCUGGUAUCAUGGCUUGUCCGUUUGAGAUAACAUCUGACGGCUUCGAAAGUCAAAUGCAAACCAACUACAUUGCACAUUGGGUUCUCACACAUCACCUACUCCCAAACUUACUGUCCACCUCCAUCCAACAAGGUCCUGGAUCAGCCAGAGUGGUUAACGUCUCCAGCGACAGACAUCAAAAGACGGCUUUUGGAACAACACAAAUCCUCUACGACGAGAAAGAACUCGAAAACUUUGGGAGACACGGUCGCUACGGCGUUAGUAAACUUGCGAACGUCAUGCAUUCUGCUAACAUCAAUUCACGCUUCGGACCCGAGAGCGAAAGUGUAAAGCAAGGAAAAGGAGAAAUCUGGAGUGCCUCUUUACAUCCUGGAUUCAUCGAUACCAAAAUGAAUGACUUGAAUCGGGAUAGAGCACCAUGGUAUCUCGGCUGGCUUCACGCAGUGUUGCUAUUUCUUGGCAUAAUAAGACCUGUGAAUGAGGGUUGUAUCAGUAGUCUUUUUACUGGGGCUAGUGAGAAGUUCACAGCAGAGAUGAGCGGAAAAUACUUUGAUGAAAAGGCGAGACUGAAAGAGCCGAAUCCGGCUCCGAAGGAUCAAGAGGGUCUAACAAAUUAG